GCCAAACAGCAGGGGCAAGCUCCAACACCAUUGCAUGCUUUUAAUCUGCUACAGACUAUGCCCUUACUUGGAAAAGACCAGGAUGUCCAAUCAGUCAGUCCAACAAUUGGAAGAACCCGUAUCCAAAUACAAACACAUUUGUUAUGUGUGAUAAGGGCGAGAGCAUAACAAGAGGAAGUGUGCUGCUUGAACCUUGCUCACAACUAAUCCUGAAGAGGAACAGAGGGUUGUUUCCCUUCAAUAGGCACAAUGGCUAACCAGCUGCUCCUCAUUUUGAUCUUCAGUUUUCUGACAAAUCUCUUGAAGGCAGAAAGAAAUGUAUUCUUACAAGAUAAAAUUGCACACAAAUUUCUGGAAAGAAGAAAACGUGCAAAUUCACUAUUUGAGGAAUUCAAGCCAGGAAAUAUUGAAAGAGAAUGCCAUGAAGAGAAAUGCUCAAGGGAGGAAGCCAGAGAAGCUUUUGAAGAUGAUGAAAAAACAAAUGAAUUCUGGAAUGUUUAUGUAGAUGGUAACCAGUGUAACUCAAACCCUUGCCAUUAUGGAGGGUCAUGCAAAGAUGGCAUAAAUAGCUACACCUGCACAUGCUUGGCUGGUUAUGAUGGACAAAACUGCGAACACAUCACACAUAAAUCCUGCAAAGUGGAUAAUGGAGAGUGUUGGCAGUUCUGUAAAAAUGUAGAAAAUACUGUGGAAUGCUCUUGCACGGAUGGGUAUAUCCUGGACAACGAUGGACAAUCCUGUGUUGCUACAGCUAAUUAUCCAUGUGGUAAAAUCAAAAGGACAAAGACGAAGGCAAAAAGAGAAGCAAGCUUCUUCAACCACAACCCCAGCACUUAUGACUAUGAUGCAAUUCCUGAAGACAUUUAUUACGAUGGUAUGCAGAAUUGCAGUAAUGUGGUUCCCCAUCUACCGUCCCAGGAGGGAACUGCACUCAAUGAGAACGAUGUCAACUCUGACCUUAACCUGCGAAUUGUUAAUGGGUCCAAUUGUGAAUUGGGUCAAUGUCCCUGGCAGGCACUUCUGCUAGAUGAAAAAGAAGAAGGGUUUUGUGGAGGAACAGUACUGAGCCGUAUCCAUGUGCUUACUGCCGCUCAUUGUAUAAAUCAAACAAAAACAAUUAAAGUUGUUGUAGGGGAGGUGGAUACUAACACAAGAACAACGGGAACUCUUCACACUGUGGAGAAAGUAUAUGUGCAUCAGAAAUUUGUGUUGGCAACCUAUGACUAUGAUAUCGCCAUAAUUCAAUUGAGGAACCCAAUUCAGUUUUCUGAAUACGUGAUCCCUGCGUGCCUUCCCACAGCUGACUUUGCCAAUCAGGUCCUCAUGAGACAACCAACUGGUAUUGUCAGUGGUUUUGGGCGUCUCCAUGAAAGAGGCCGGAAAGCCUCCAAGCUUCAAGUCAUUAGAGUGCCGUACAUCGAGAGGCAUACCUGCAAGCUGUCAAGUAAUUUUGUAAUCACUGAAAAUAUGUUCUGUGCUGGCUAUCGCACUCUGGCUCAAGAUGCAUGUCAGGGAGACAGUGGAGGCCCUCAUGUAACUGAAUACAAGGGCACUCACUUUGUUACGGGUGUGAUCAGCUGGGGAGAAGGGUGUGCAAGGGAGGAUAAGUAUGGCAUUUAUACAAAGGUGUCCAAAUUCAUAGGCUGGGUGAGGAGAAUAAUCCGUCAGAGACGACAGCCAGCCAGGCAAGAAGAGAACUGAUGUGUCCUGAACACCAUGUGAUGGCAUAUUUCUCUCAAGCAUUUUGCUGUAUGAAUUGAAUAAAUAGUUAAAUUUAGAGCAUGAGAGAGGAACCAUGGGCCACCCGGGGUUUUUUGUUUUGUUUUGUUUUUUUUUGUUUUUUGAACCACAGCUUCCACAAGCCUUUACAGUUGGUUAUGCAAGGUGGAGGACACAGAAGUUGUAGGUCAAACACCUAGAGGCCAGAUAUUCUUCACCCCAGUUAAGGAUCUUCAGCAUACUACUUUGAAGGUUUUUUUUUUAAUUUCACAGCAUCCAUGCAUUAUGAAAUCUGUGUUUAUUUCACCUAGCUUACUGAAUAAUAUAGCUCUAGCAUAAGUCCCACAUGUAUCGAUCAGUCUAAGAAACAUGAUUUUGAGUCUUUUAUCUUCUGUAUUAUGGCCAGAAUCCUCUUAGACAGCUACAAAUGUGUAACCAGGAAGCAGCUGCUAUACUCACCAAGGGUCUGUUCCCCUGUUGCUCUGGAUAUAAUUUAUAUUUGCAUGUAUAAGCUUUUUGUUUCAUGUCAGGAGUGACUUGAGAAACUGCAAGUUGCUUCUGGUGUGAUAUAAUUGGCUGUCUGCAAGAACAUUGCCCAGGAGACGCCCAGAUGUUUUAAUGUUUUUACCAUCCUUCUGGGAGACUUCUCUCAUAUCCAUGCAUGGAACUGGAGCUGACAGAGGGAGCUCAUCCCACUCUCCCUGGAUUUGAACCAGCAAACUUCAGGUCAGCAAUCCAACAUUCAAGUCAGCAGUCCUGCUGGCACAAGUGUUUAAUCCAUUGCACCACUGGGUAUCAUAAGUUGAAGGUCGGUUUGGGAGACAAAGUUAUGAAUUUUGAUAUGACGUCAGGGGUCAUUUCAUAGAGAGGGGCAAGCAUCAAUGCCACCUCAUGGAACCACUUCUCCCUGGCCAACUCUACGAUUUCCUUGCUCAAACAUUUUUAAAAAAGGUUCUCCUGGAUGGAAUACAAUCUUGCCUUUCACCAAUCUGCUCAGCAGGGGGCAUGGUCCCUUUUGUAAAAAAAAAUAAAAGGUAUGAUGCUAUCCUAACAUUGCCCCAUGGAUACGUCCACCCAGGUUUUGGAGACUUUUUUUGGCUAAAAUAGCUAGACUUCUAUGUGAGUAUAGAGUAGCUUUCCCACCUCCUCCUGUGAACAAUCUCUGUUGCCAAAGGCAGAAGUGGAUCUCCUGUCACAAUUUCCCCCGUACACUGGAGAUCCCUUGCAUGAGUGGGUUUGUAAACAUCAGCCAGCUAGUUUCUAUUCAUCACAGUAGCUGCUGCCUGGUAAGUGGGCAUUGGGAGACAGUUCCUAUCUAGAGCAUCGGUAGAAAUCAUGAAUGUGAAAUAGUCAUGAACACUCAGAGUUAUGCAUUCGUAACCGCUCAAGAAGAUGGGAGCCUGUAGUUUUAAUAGAUUUAUAUGGCUUAUAAUAGAAUCUUGAUACUUAAAGGCACAGUCAUAGGCUUUCAGUAAUUGGUGACCCUUUUCCCUUUUCUUCCAGAAUUAGAUGCUGAUAAUUAAAGUAUGUAGUUACAAUGAAACAACUUCCAAAAGGGUAGAGGUAUCACUCUACUGCAGAUAAAAGAAAAAUAUGUGGUUCCUUAAAACCAACCUUUGGUUCUCCAGGAGUUUUGGACUUCAGUUCCCAUUGUACAAGCUAGCCAGCACUUCUGGACAUAGUUCCAAAUGCCUGGAGAGCCAAAGGUUAGACACCAUUGUAUUAUAGCAUGAAACUUCUAAAUAGGUUGUACAGCCAAUUCCUUCCUGAUGAGAAAUGUAUGGUGAAGGCUUUUAGUGAAUGAAUGAAUGAAUGAAUGAAUGAAUGAAUGAAUGAAUGAAUGAAUGAAAUAUAUAUAUAUUUACUAACCCUGCAAGCUAACAAGUAACUUGAGAAAAAAUACAGCUAGUGUGGUUUGUCUCUGUACUCCAAAGUACUCACCACAGUGCUUGAAUGGUGGCUUUGGAAGAAGAUAUUUUCAAAUGCCUUUCUCUUUUGCAAAUAUUUCAUAUUGUCACGUGUACCAAACUGAAUAAUAAACAAUGUAUUAAACUGCAAA